AUGACAGGAUGUGCAACAAUAACUACAGCAAUGUUUGAUGUUAGACAUUCUCUUGAGAAGACGGGUAUUUUAGCAGGGUUGAAUAGCGGAGUAGGAAAAAGUUGCCUCUUGUUUCGCUUUUCGGAUGAUUCAUUUACACCUUCGUUUAUUACUACAAUUGGUAUCGAUUUUAAGAUUAGAACAAUUGAAUUAGAUGGAAAACGAAUCAAGCUUCAAAUUUGGGAUACUGCUGGUCAAGAACGUUUUCGUACAAUCACCACCGCUUAUUAUCGUGGGGCAAUGGGAAUACUUUUGGUGUAUGAUGUAACGAGUAAACAAUCUUUUAACAAUAUAAGGAAUUGGGAUUCAAAUAUAGAACAACACUCAAGUGAAGGAGUUAACAAGAUUCUUAUUGGUAAUAAAUGUGAUUGGGCUGAAAAAAGAGAAAUUAAGAAAGAACAAGGUCAAGAACUUGCCGAUGAAUUAGGGAUUGAUUUUUUGGAAACUAGUGCUAAAUCUAGCAUCAAUGUGGAAGAGGCUUUCUUCACUUUAGCGAGAGCUAUAAAGAAAAGACUUAUUGAUGCACACGCCGAAGAACAACAAAAUCAUCAAAACAAACGACUUGAAUUGGAUAAUAAUAGGCAUCUUAAAUCUAGCUCUGGAUCAAGUUGUUGUGGUUAA